AUGAAGAAAUUUGUUAAAAUUAAUUUUAAAAGAAGCAGUCAGACGAGAUGGUCGGCAAAACAUGUUGCUGUGAAAGCCCUCUUAAAUGAUUUUCCGGAUGUGGUGGAAUCCUUGGAAGAACUUAAGAAAACUUCUAAUGCUUCGGAAGCAAAGUACGAGGCAAGUAGUCUCUUGAAUGCAAUAAACAAUUAUAAAUUGAUAUUGAACUUGAUGAUUUGGGCAAAUAUUCUUGACGAAAUCAAUCGAAUGAAUAUUGAAAUUCAAAAGCAAGAUAUAAUCCUUGCGCGUUCCGUCUCUUUAAUGGAUGGUCUGAUGAAAACUUUACAAAAAAUGAUAGAAAAUCUAAUGGAAUAUUGGAUAGAAGAGGCUAAAGAAGUUGCUGGAAAAAUUGGCGUCGAACCUAUUCUGCCAAAUAAAUGA